AUACCACAAUAAUGAAGAGAGAGAAGGGUGAAAAAGAAAGAAACAAAAACGGGUCACUUUUAAUUUUUUUCUUACUAAUUUGUCUGCAAGCGUGUGGUGCGAAUGUUGGAAGCAUGGAAGCAAAGCAAAGGCUGAGAAUGGCGGCAACCCAUAACUCAAUCAUAAAUCCCCACAUCAACCCCACCCUUUCUCCAUUACAACACCUGGCACUAGAGGGAUACCAUCUUUUAUUAUUAUCUAUCUUCACUAUUACUGUUAGAUGGAUAGACAUUGCCAUAAACAGCACUUUCCUCCCCUUACCUGAAAAGUUUGGUUUCUGAUUCUUUUUUCCAUUUCAGCAAAGUGGGUGUGGUUUAAUUUAAUUUACUUUUAGUAUGAGUUAUGGGUGAAUUAUUUGGCGUUGGAAAAAGAAGGAACAUCAGCAGCAGCAACAACAACAACAACAACAACAGUUCUAGUAGUAGCGUUCUUGGGUUGGAUGUGAAGGUGCAACAGAGCCCUGAAGCAUUAUUCCAUAAUAGGAUGAUGAUGAUGGCGCAUCAUAAUCAUCACCACCGUCCAUUGUCAUCACCCUUUGAUAAUAAUGGUGAUGGCGAUGGUCCCACGACUUACAUGUCUUUUACUAAUCAUAUAAACCUUGUUAGUGGUGCUUCUUCUGUUCUUGGUCCUGCUAUUGAUGCUGGCUGUGGUGCUGCUCCUCCUGCACCUGUAAGAACUUUGCAGCCUUUUGACAUUUCUUCUUAUACUUCUUCUCCCACCUCCACUACCACAACCUUCAACUUCAAACCCCCUUCAGCAGGUGUGAUGGCGGCUUCGUUGGGGUUUCCUUUCACAAGUGCACAAUGGAGGGAGCUUGAAAGACAAGCUAUGAUAUACAAGUACAUGAUGGCUUCUGUUCCUGUUCCACAUGAUCUCCUCACACCCUCUUCUCGCUCUUCCUGCAUGGAUGGUGGUUUCAAUCUGAGGUUGGCAAAUAGCACUGACCCUGAGCCAGGUAGGUGUAGAAGAACAGAUGGUAAAAAAUGGAGAUGUUCAAGAGAUGUGGCUCCUAACCACAAGUACUGUGAGCGCCAUAUGCAUAGAGGCCGUCCCCGUUCAAGAAAGCCUGUGGAAGUUAACACCAACAGCACCACCACUCCCACUAGCGUCAACAAUAACAACCAUCAAAUCAAAAAGGCUCGCCAUGAGUGUAAUAAUAAUCCUUUUGCUACACCUGACGUUACUGCGGCUAUUUCCAACCCCACAUCCAGAAAAAAUGGAUCUUCUCCCCAUUUUCUUGGGUCUACUACCACUCAGCCAUACCUUGAUUCUUCCCUCUCCCUUGAUAACUUUGGUCUAAAAGCUGCUAGUUUUGACUCCGUGGCUUCUGUUUCUGCUAAUAAGGAACCCAGGGGUUUAGAGUGGAUGCUGAAUGGAGAUCCUAUUUCCCUGGGUGCUUCUGACUCACAAUGGCAGUCUCUGAUGCACAAUAAAGAUGGAAUGACCAGUGUUAGUUCCUGUAACACCACCGAGUCUCAGUAUCUGAAUUCAUUAGCACUAUAUAACUCUGGACUAGAACAACAGAAUAGACGCCAUCCUUUGUUCCUGAACCCUCUUGUUGUUCCCAUGGAAAAUCUCCAACCGGAGAAACCAAGGGGUUUUAUUGAUGCUUGGUCUAACGCUGAAAGCAAUGCCAACACCAACACCACCAACAAGAACUCUGCUGCAUCAAUUGGUAAAUUAUCCCUUUCUUCUCUUGAUCUAUCAAUGGGGGGUGCUGCUGUGAAUGAAGAUGUGGGUAAUGUUAACAUGGGUUUGGGCCUAAUGGAGCCUAAUGGAAAAACGCACACUGGUACUAAAAUUUCUCUCUCCAAUUGGCAAAACCCAGCACCUUGGGUGGCUUCAUCACUUGGGGGUCCACUAGCUGAAGUUCUAAGGUCAAGCACAGUCACUGCCACCACCACCACCAAUGAAGCAACCUCCAACACACCCUCGCCAGCCACCACUACACAUGCUGAAUCUCCAUCUGGGGUGUUGCAGAAAACGCUUGUUUCAUUGUCUGAUAGCAGUAACAAUAGCAGCCCAAGGGUUGCAUCAUCAAGGGCCAAUUCUGAGAUGGCCUUGCUAAGGUUUCAAUCAAAUUAAUGUAAAUUAAUUACUAGCAUUUUCUGCUUUAGUUCAUUUCAUUUCAAAUGGGAUAAUAGUAUUAUUAUUGUGUAAUCUUUUGCAUAUUUAGCUACCUGUGCUAUCCUAUGGCCUAUUGUUCAGGACGUUUGUUAUAAACUAAAAAACCUCUGGUGAAGUGGACAAAAACAACCUGUGUUUUCUGUUUAUGUGAUGAAGACUCAUUGCUUUGCAGCUUUAAAUUCUAGCUUCAUGGAAACGUCAUGAUGUUACUUAUCUCUACCACCGAGUGUACUGAAUGAAUGCCAUGGGGUUAGUUUGUUGUUGUGGGGUCCUGGGCUCAUGCCCCAAGUUGUCGGAAAAGACAUAGAUCUAACUUUGACUAUGUCAACCAUGUAGUGCCUCUUUAGCGUUCUCUCUCCCCAAAAUAUCAAGCACUUUUAACAUUUUUCUACUCA